CAUAAAACGUCUGCACAUACUCCUUUGAUCGUAACUAACGGUAGUACAUUCUCCCUGUAUUUAAACGUGGAAAACCCUAAUUUCAUCUGCAUACCAUCAGUCAUCGUUUCUCCCAAAUCUCUUUGUCUCUCUAAUUACUGACUUCAUUCUCUUCUGUCUCUCUAAUUGCUCUCUUAUGUCUCUCUAUAUAUCAUCUCUUAUUUCAGUAGUUUAAUAGGCAUUGCUUAUGGAAGAACCCUUCGCUAUCUCUUCUCUCGAACUCUCUGAUAAAACCCUAAUCCAUAUCCCUCCUACUCCAUUUAAAGAGGGUAAAAUUGUCAUUAUUCCACUUGUUGAAGAGCUUCAAAGGGUAGAACGGGAACCAUGGGUUUGUUACUCAGCUUUAGAUUCGAUAAGUGCUCUCAAGCUUUAUGAGAGAUUGAAAAGUAAAUUAUCGAAUAGGGAGGGAAAGUUUAAUGGGGUUACAAAGGGGACAUUGUUUGAUUUCUAUGAACAAUAUUGGCGUCCUUUUGGGGAGAUUUUGGUGAAAAUGGAAACCGAAGGGAUGCUGGUUGAUAGGGAUUAUUUGAUGGAAAUUGAGAAAGUGGCAAAAGUGGAACACCAGAUUGCUGCUCAUAGAUUUAGAAACUGGGCAUCAAAGUUGUGUGCAGAUGAUAAGUUUAUGAAUGUUAGAAUUGAUACACAGUUACCCAGCUCUUUUUUGGUGGCAUUGAGAACAGCAAAGAUCAAACUCAGUCUCUUCCAAUGGAGAAAGAGUUUAAAGUUCCAAAUAUUGACAACAUUAUUGAAGAAGGCAAAAAAAACCGCGACUAAAUUCCAUAAAAUCAAACUACAUAACUACAUGUGAUUUGUUUUGGUCUACAAACAGAAACUUACACAGCAUCCGGAUGCCCUUCUGUUUGUGGGGAUGCUUUAAAAACACUUGCUGGAAAAAUAUCCAUGGAUUAUGAUUUUAUAGAUGAUGACAAUGCAGAGCUGGAUGAUGAUUUUAUUGAGUUGCCUGAUAAAAAACCCGGAAAUUUCUGUAAAAUUUCUUAAAAUUCUUAUGGCACGGCUUAUGAGGCAUUUGAUGGGGGGUCUGAAGGACAGGAGGCUUGUCAUGUAAUUGUUGGGUUGUGUGAAGUUUGCUCUAUUGACUUGUUGAUUUCCAACUUCAUUCUUCCUUUACAAGUUAGAAUAAUUAGUUCCAACUUAUAAUUUAUAAUGCCAAAUUUAGAAAAUUAAUAAAAUGUAUUGGUUUUUUUUUGUUGUGUUCACAGGGUAGCCAUAUAUCUGGUAGAAACGGGCGUAUACAUUGUUUGUUGAAUAUCAACACGGAAACAGAACGUCUAUCUACCAGGAGACCAAAUUUGCAGGGUCUCUAAGUUGUAGCCGAGAUUUUAAUUUCAAAGUCAUAUGUUCAUCUUCAACCAACAUUGCCAUUAACACCUCAUCAUCGUGUUUCAUCGCAAGGUUGAAAAAAGAGUGUCCAAAACCAGAAUGGGUGGGAAAAAGUUUGUGAAUAGUGAGUGGAUAUAUUUCUGGAUGUCGGGUUCAGGUAGGUAGUUUUUGGUUGAGAUACAAAUUAAAUGAAGAUGGGCACCUUAACCUUCGGAUACAUAGACAUGGAAAAAGUAGCCAUCAAGAAUAACAAAAUUAAAAAAUAGUUGGUACUUGAAAUAGGAACAAUAGAAAUGUAAGCUAAUCAUCUAAACAUGAGUUGUCAUUUCCUCAUUAUGCUUGAUACAUCAAAAAAUCUACCAAAUAACAACAUCCUACUUUCUGUUUUCUUCAUAUGAGGACACUGUACUUUAUGGAUAUGAUUCAAAUUGGUACUGUGUA